AAAGCUAUGAGUCAGUAAUUGAAUAAUAAACUUGAUUUCCUAGCAACCAAACAAAACUACAAAAUACCUCCAAAUGCCUCCUAUGCGACACAAAGUCUCAUAAACUCAUAUUCUUGUCGAUUCAUUAUACGUGAUUCAUAAAAAGAAUAUUUGAAAAUGUUCGUUCAAGAAGAUGUUCCUACUAUUCUUCAAGAAUUCGUGCAACCUCGUACAAUAAAUCAAGAUAUGCUUAUAAAUUUAAUAAUCGAUCAAGGACCAAAGGGAGAAGCUGGGAGACUUUUCUACGAAGAUGGAAUUAAUUUGAAUGAAACAAAGGAAAUUCAAAUCGAAUUUCUUAAUAUUUUAAACAUCGAUCACCUCUGGGUAAUGCCAAAUCUUGUUAAAUUAAAAUUGUCCAAUAAUAUAAUAGAAACAAUAGAAAAUCUAGAUACUCUUAUUCAUUUAAGAGAAUUAGAUCUGUCUUUUAAUCAUAUUAGAAUAAUGAAAAAUUUGAACAAUUUGACGAAUUUGGAAAUAUUGCUUCUGUACAAUAAUGAAAUUAGUAAAAUAGAAGGAAUAGAUAAUUUAUGUAAUCUAACAAUUUUUAGCAUUGGUAAUAAUGCCAUUGCAGAUUGGGAACAUGUACUUUAUUUAAGAAAGUUAAAGAAACUACGCAGUUUCAAUAUUAAUGGAAAUCCUUGUACCAAAGAAGAUGGAUACUUGGAUUAUGUAUUCGCAUUCAUGCCUCAAUUAAUUUAUUAUGAAUAUAAAAUAAUAAUCGAUGAAGAACGAUUAGCAGCCAAAAAAAAACAUUAUCGUGCUUUAACUACUUUAGAAGAAACAGAAGCUAAAGAACAAGAAAAAUUAGAUGAACAGCAAAGAUAUGAAGAAAAAUUAGCUUUUCUUACUAGUGCAUACGUGGAACAUCUUGAUGGAGAUUACCUUUUUCAACAAAUGUUUGCAGAUGAUAAAGAGGGGAUAGAAUUAACUAUGGUAAAUGAAGAAACUCAAAAUGCUUACGAAGAAUAUAAAGAAAGUUUUUCGUUAAUGUGUCAAGAGCUUUGUGAAGUAGGUUUGAAAGAACAUGAAAAACGAACUUACGAAAUAAACCUUUUUACUAAUGCUGUUAACGAAGGUAAGAAAGCUACACAGGACCAAGGCAGAAAGAUCGUAAAUGACAUUCUGCAAAAGAAAACUGAAAUUUUAACGAGCGUUAAGUAUUUACUAAAAAAAUUAGUUGGUGAUAUAGAUAGUGCUGUGCUCGAAGAAAUAACUCAAAAGGUACAACAACUUUCUGAUGAAUUUAAUGAUGUGAUAACUGAUGGUUGGAAAAACCUGAUGUCCCUUGAAGUUGAGUUACACGAACAAGUAGAAGAUAUAAAUGAAGUAUUCCGAAUUAACAUUUCUGACAUGGUAGAUUCUUUUGUAACAAACGUACGAGGACAUUUCUCACAAUUACGAAAUCGUGAGGCAGAAUAUAAUGACACUAUUAAUGGAUUAAUUUUAUACUAUUUAAGUGGUUUUGGUGAUGAUUCAAAAAUACCAAAACAUUUGGUAAAUUUAUGUGGUGAUAAAGAUAUUUUAACAUACAAUCUUGCCAACUCCCAUGAAAAACAUUUACAGACAAUAGAUGCCCGAGAAGAUAGUAUGUUAAAUAGAAUAAAAAAUUGGCUAGAGGAAUAUACAGAGCAAUUAGUAAAAGACGAAAGUGAAAGAAAUAAUCAACAAAUAUUAGAAAUCUCACACUUUGCGGAUUCACAGCAAAUGGAAUUUUCUUCGUUACAAUUAUUACAACAAUUGAAUUUAAAUAUUCAUGAUUCAGAAGCCAUUCAAGCUCUGGAUACUUAAUGUCUUGUGGAAUCUACAAACAUAGUAGCCACGUAAGAAUUAAAAUAAUAUAAGAGCAAAUAUUUUAAAAAUUACAUUUUUAUUGAAUAAUAACAUAUUAAUAUAAAACGUUAUAAUUUACAAAUAUUU